GAAGUAUCUGAAGCUGUACGCCGUACGCUGUACUGUGUGGACCAAGACCAAGAAAGAAUGUUUGUGUACACUGCUGACUGCUGUGAUACAUCAUAGAAAAAGAUGUUGAGACGCCAGACUCUUCCUUUUCAUAUGUAGUCAGCUAUCUUUCUAGUUGCUCAACAUGGCGAAAAGUUCAAGAUCUGCCUUUCGCUCUGCGGGUGGCAUCGUCGAAAUUAAGAGCAAGUUUGAGGCAGAGUUCCGGAGGUUUUCCAUUGACAAGAACAAGACUUCACAGUUCGAUGAGUUCUAUCUGCUCUUGGAAGAGUUGCAUGGAUUGAUAGACACUCCCUUUGUGGUCACUUACACUGACCCUGUGCACAUGGAUCUGCUUCCUAUCAACAACAACGAAAACUUUAUAAAAGCGCUCACCACUGCAAGACCUGGGCUGAAAGUAAUUCUGCAGAAAAAAGGUGAAAGUUAUGGAGAACUGUAUGGAUAUGGAUUACAGCCUGUGAAACGGCGGAAUCCAAUUUCCAAGCUAAUGAGUGGUGAACCUGCAGCAAGGCCUCGCAUUAAAAUCAGUGUAAUGGAAGACUUCCGAAGAGUUUCUGCUAUAAUUGAUGUGGACAUUGUGCCUGAGACUCAUCGCAGAGUGAAACUUAUGAAGAAUGGAUCUGAUAAACCUUUAGGGUUUUACAUACGAGACGGCACAAGUGUACGGGUCACCCCACAGGGUCUAGAAAAGGUCCCUGCCAUUUUUAUUUCUCGCCUGGUACCUGGAGGCCUUGCAGAGAGUACAGGUUUGCUAGCUGUCAAUGACGAAGUGCUUGAGGUCAAUGGCAUUGAAGUGGCAGGCAAGAAACUUGAUCAGGUUACAGACAUGAUGGUGGCCAACAGUUCAAAUCUAAUCAUCACAGUGAAGCCAGUGAACCAACACAUGACCCUGGCACCUCAGAGGGGGGCUGUGGGUCGCCAUAGCAACAUGUCCUCCACCUCGCAAAUUUCCCACCAAUCUCAGGCUUCCAAUAUCUCUUACCAUUCAGCAAAAUCGUUUGACAAUGAACCUGUGCCGGAAGUGGACGAUGAGGAUGAGAUUCAUGACCAUCUGUCACCUACGGCCACCGAGCCCCCCACAAGUAUUGGGGAAUCAUCCAGUAAAGACAAUAAAAGUUCGGCGAGUGACCCAGGAUUUGUGAAAAGUGAAAACAGUGAAAAGGGCGCAUCCAGCAAUAACAACAAUGGAAGCAAAGCAAAAAGAGAAAAAGUGAAAAAUUCUGAAGUUGAGAAAGAGAACGAUGACCCUAUUGUUACGCUGUAAUUUGGGAUUUUAUGGUUGUGAUCAGAGGCAGAGGGAAUGUUCAUUACUCUAAGCGAACAAGGUUGUUUCUGAGUUUCUUAAGUUCCUGAGCUGAGUCCAAGUCACACUGACCAGGUUGUGAUUUUUUUUUCUUUUUCUUUUUCGAGGCAGUGAAAUAUAUUUUAUCAGUUUUUUAAAUUUUAAUAUUGAUAUUUUAAGGUAAAGUUUCAUUUUGAGUGGAUCAAAUACAAUACUCAUUCUUAGGAAAGUGAUGUCACCGGUCGCGCGUUCCAAAGCAAAACAAAUUGCAUUUAUUCUAUAUGUUUUCAUAGGUUGAGAACAUAUUGCUCCUUUCAUGUAUCUCUCAAUGUGAAAACUUUUCAUGCUGUGUAUCUGACUCUUUCAAAGGCUGUAAGGAAGUAAGUUGGUUUUUGUUUUGUUUAUUAAUGGUGGAGUUCUUUUUCUUGAAAGGACUGGUGUUUUCAAAACUUUCAAAGACCAUGAGUUUUGAUAACUUGUAAUGAUCAAUUGAAGCUGAACCACGCACUAAGGAUCACAGAAACAUCUUUCUUAUAGCUAUUUGUGGCCUUGUUUCCAGUGGAGAUGGGUCCUUGUUUGUUGAAGAAUUGGGUGACUGUAAGAAGAGAGUAGCAAUAAUCUUUACUUAAAAGCUGUGUCUUCUGUCCUAUCUUGUAAUGCAAUCACAACAUGUAAAAUGGAUGCUUUUCUGGUGCAAUUUUGUGCGAACAAAUCCCCGCUGUUGUAUAUUUCUUCUUUUUUUUUUUUUUUUAAUAGUCCAGUCUCGUCUGUCAUGUGAUCUUGAGACAAGGUGAAUGCUUUUUUUAUUCUUAUAUCAUUAGACAAAAACCUAAUCUAUUAUAGAAUUCCUUUAAAGUGUCCACUGGUGGAAAAAAAAUGAGUGAAGCUGUUUAGGGAAAGAUAAUCAUAAUUAAUAUAAGGUAUAAAAUUACUUGAAAACUGAAUUUAGUGUGGCCUUUCACUUUUUUUUAAUGCUUCAGAACUGUUAUAGAUAAUGGUAGCUAUGUUCUCAGCUAUAAUGAAGAUAAAAGCUGUCACGUAUUACAUACACACACACACUGAAUAGAAUUUUGCCCUUGAUACUUGUUGAUUCAUGUAAAUUGAUUUAUACUGUCUUUGUGUACUCAAGUCUAAAUUCAUUAAUUGUUACAAAAGGUAGCAUGUUUUGGGGGUAAAAAUGAAUCUGUGUAUCAACCUUCUAUGCUGCAUUUUGUGAGUUUGCUGUCUCUUAUCUUUCUUUGUUAAUUUUCUGUAGAGUGUACUUUUUUUUUACAAUAUGAAAUUUAAAUUGAGCUUUGUUUUCAUUGUACACUGGUAGUGGGUAAUUCUACACUAGUAGUUGGUAUUGCAAUUUAUUGUAAUGUAAUUUGGCUUCUUUUUUUAGCAAAUGUUUGUUGUAUUUUGAGAAGUAAAGUCCCUGUCUCUGCUGAUGUUGAAAUGAUAGUUAUCUAUUUUAACCGUUACAGCCCCAGUCAUGUAUAUGUGAGGCAUCGUGGUGGAAUCAAGCUCUCGUCAAAAUUAUGAAAUCGAA